AUGUCUUCUGAGCUGGCCAUGCUUUCAUCGGAGACGGUCGGCUACUUAUCAUUGGGGGAACUAGCAAAUGGCCUAACCCUAACCUCCCCGGUCAUCCACAACUUCUUGCCUUCGGAGGCCACCGACAUUGCUGCUCAGCUCCUACCGGAUCCAUAUGGGGAUGGCGCAUCCGGUGGAGGUCGUUGGUACCCAGGUGCACUAACACUGGGAAAUGGUGAUGUUCUUACGCUUUUUGGGCAUGUCAGGGAGGAUGACUCGCGGCAUCGUAACGCCAACCCGGAACGUUUCAAUGCGAGCUCAAAUAACUGGUAUUUGAUGCCGAAGCUUGCCAUUGAUUCUCCUAUCCAUCAGCCGGACAAAGGUAGCCCAAUCGUCCGACCCUUAUUCGUUUCCCGCACCUUUCAACUUCCUGAUGGACGGCUUUUCUUCGCAACAGCGAUGCCAGCUGAAUGGGAGACCUAUACUGAUAAUCCCAAUCGUACCGAUGGGCCUCACUUCAGCACAUUCUACGAUGUCGUGAACGGAACUUAUACUGGUCCUUUAUUCUCUGAACCUACUGGUUACGAUAAUUGGAGAUUUCCUUGUGUGUUACUUCCUCUUCUACCAGAAGAUGAUUACCAUCCGCGCGUGAUGCACUGCGGGCGAGCGGAAGCAAUGCUUGUGCUGUAUUACUUCCCACCGGACAGGUCUGCCUUAUUUGGGGGGGGGGGGGGGGUUGAGUCUCAAGAACCCGAUAAUGGCCAGCUCAUACCAGCUGAGAUUUACGAUCCCGAUAUUGACUGGGUAGCUGGUCAGUACAGGCCAGGAUUAGGCAACUGGACUGUGGAAACUGGCAUGCCAACACAAAGUCGCAACUACCACUCGGCGGCAUUGUUGCUUCCUAAUGGUUCGAUUUUGACGUCUGGAGGGAACGCUAACGCGCAAUCCGGCGACCCAGACACAGUCGGUGUCAAGCGAAUUGAGCUCUAUGACCCUCCGUAUCCAACCGGCACACGCCUUCAAAUAUUUAAUUGCCCAGCUAAAGUGACAUAUAAUGAAGAGUUUGAAGUGGAAGUCUCUGCAGCUGCAGAAGUUCAGCGGAUUGCGCUAAUCCGCAUGGUUCAUGCACCCAUGCCUUUGACUUCGAUCAACGUUACAUCGGCCUCUCACUCAUGA